AUGCCGCGCACCACCUCGCGCGCAAACGCACUGCGCGCCGGGACCGGCCCGCGCAUCUUUUCGCUCCUCCUGGUUCUUGGAGUGGGUCUUGCAUACAGCGGCCUCGUGGCUUUUUGCUCAUUCCAACCCAGCCAGGCUCAAGGGGCCCGAAUUUCUCGGAGGGCCGAGGGAAGUGGCACGACGCUUGAGAAGCCCAAGGCCGGCAGCGAGUGGCGCCUGGGCGUGGGCCGCGCCAUCGACGUGCUGCGGCGCGACGUGGCGGGCCUCUUCAGCCGAAAGCGCUACACGCCGGACUUCUCCAUCUACAGCCCCGACAUCGAAGUCACAGAUGCCAGGCUUCCUAGCUUCAAGAUCAAAGGCCUCGCCAGCUACCAGCAGGUGCUUUCCACACUGCAGUGGUCGGUGCGCACGGCCUGCGACCGAAGUAACUUGGAGAUCACCUCAAGACGCAUGAAUUCAAGUCGACGUGCCGAAGGGAUGCGGUGGAUGUGCGUCCUUCAGGACGUGCGUUCCAUGCUUGGCAUUGGCCAUUCCUCCGGUGCCGAAGUGCCUUUCAUCGUCGAAGGCUACUCGCGCUAUGAGUUUGACCCAUGGUCGGCCGCCAUCGUCAAGCACACCAUCGAUAUCACCAAUCCGCCGAUGUAUUUGUCGGACUUGAUGGCUUCCUAUGCAUCUCCCUCCUGGCUCACUGUCAGUCCUCAGCUUGGCAUGCCAAGUCUCAGCGCUUGGCCGGCCACUGCGACCACUGCGUCUGGCUCGCACACCGGAGCCGCCUUGCUCACCGGUGGCAGCGCUGUGGCGGGGACGAUGGGGACGGGCCGGAACGUGAGUGGGUUGGCACGGAGAGCUGGUGGGAUGUUCCCAGGUUUUCCCCAAGGCUGUGAGGAUGAUUUCGAGUGCAAUGAUGGGAAGGCCAACUUUCCGCUCCAGUGCUGUGAGAUGCCCUUGUUGGGCAAGUUUUGUUGCGAGCCGCCAGAUGACUUUGCUACGGGCGUUCCCAAUGAAAUGCCUGCCUAUGUGCCGCUGCCCGUGCCAGUGGACCCUCUGGACCAGUGA